CAGAACCCCUAUAUAAAGGCCGGACGGCGAGCUCCCGGCAGCACGUAGCACAGCGCAGCACCACCAUGCAGCUCGCCGCCGUUCUCGCCCUGCUCGUCGUCGCUGCAGUCGACGCAGGAAUUGGUGAUGACCCGUCCCCCAGCGGCCUGGGAGUGAGGACGUGCCCCGAUAACGAGCCUGACGUCGUGACCUGCCGUCGGAACGCCCUGCAGUCGGCGCUCUCCCUCUUGGCAGGCGGUCUCCCUAGCAUAGGGGCGAAACCCAUCGACCCACUGACGCAGAUCCCACCCCUGAUUCUGAAGGCCGACACGCCUCUCCUCAGGCUCAAUUUCAAGCUGGACGACAUCGUCAUGGUUGGUCACGCACGCAGCGUCCUCGACGACUUACAAGUGGACGUGGAGAACCACACCAUUCAUGUUGUUACUCACACCCCUGGUGCCUUGGUGAUGGAAGGCAUCUACACUCUCGAUGAAGAAGUUAUUAAGGGCAUUCCUAUGAGAGGCAACGGCCGAUUCAAACUUACAAUGAUCGACUCUACAGCAGACGUAACUUACAAGGGACACCCUGUCACUCGACGCAACGGCGAGACUUAUCUGCAACUGGACUCCGCCAAGACGAAGUACACCUACGGGAAGACUUCCUAUAAGCUCACUGGCCUGUUCGGAGGCUUCCCUCCUCUUGAGGCCGCAGGCAACGCCCUGAUCAACGCGGUGACGUCGCCCAUCGUGGAGCGCGAGAUGCUGGGCCCCAUGGAGGACUGGAUGGAGCAGGUGUACAAGCAGCAGGCGCAGUACGUCUUCGACACCGUUCCGUACAACAAGCUCUUCCCGGAGAGCGUGAAAACUAUUACAAAGAAUUCAUUUUUCCUCAGUUUUAAGUAAAUGUUUUCUAAUUUAUAAUGUGUAUAUAGUCAGUAAUAUUAUUUCUCUGAAUAAAUAAUUUUACUAGAA